AUGCCUCCACCCUCGAAGCUCGCAAUCGCUACUUCAUCUGUCAAUCGACUUGUCAAGGAAGAGCUCAGUUAUCACAAAGAGCUCGAGCAACAGGAGUCCAGCAUCAAGAAACUCGAGGAUGCAAACGCUCUAGAAGAAACUAAAGUCAUGAUACCCACGGUGCGAAAUUCAAUUGCUAGUGCUGUUGCGAAGUUGGAGCAAGAGAUGGAAACUGCACAGGAGCAGGACAACUCUUCUGCCACAGAAGAGGUCACGAAGGCAAAAGAGGCUGUUGAGAAUGCAAAGGCUAGCCUGUUGAAAACAUCCUAGGGUGUUCU